AUGAAUGAUCAGCUAAAAACAAUCGACGAGCAUCUCGACCUCGCGGUUGAAGGCAGACAGAAUGUCUAUAAUCUAGCUGGUACGAUAUACCAUGGACAGGAACACUUCACCUCAAGAGUAAUCAUUAAUCAUGAAUGCUGGUUUCACGAUGGUCUGUCAACAGGUAGAGAUUUAGUGCUUGAAACCCAAGGCACGACGAUGGACAUGACUCGAUGUAGGGGGAAAAAGGUAACAGUUGCUAUUUAUACUCUUAAAACACGAGGAGAAUAG